GGGAUUUCCAUUGUAAUAAAGCGUAAUCGUUCAUUUAAGGUAGGAAACUUCUUCGACUUCUCAGUUGGGGUCAAAUCAUCGUUCCUACAAGGAGGUUUUGUCUCAAUUUCAAGUUCGGUGCUAAGCCUAUGCCAUAAAGGCAACAUCAUGGAAUAACGUGCGAGUGCACCACUAUGGGGAAAAUAAAGGUGCUUGCCGCAGUCUUCAAUAAUCCAAAUGCAGUCUUCAAGGCGGGGGAGACACUCUCAGGGUACCUUCAAGUGGAGUUUAGUGAACCUAUGAAGAUUAAAAAUAUUCACUUAUUAAUUCAUGGUGCUGCAACAGUGAACUUCCGUGAGGACAACGAUGGUUCAGGGGGAUAUAGCUCGUACCACCAGUAUGUCAACCACCCUGUCUUUUUAUACGGCAAUGAGCGCGGCGAGAGUAAGGAGGCGGUCCUACAUCCGGCUGGCCAGUUCAAAUACCCAUUCACCCACAAACUAGCAUCUGACCUGCCCUCAACGUUUGAAGGGGCGUACGGCUGGGUUAGGUACUUCGUCAAGGCAACCGUUGAGAUCCCUUGGCAUUUCAACCAGAAAACAACGCGAGCUUUCAGUGUCGUUGGCAGCCUCGAUUUAAAUAAUGAACCUGAUCUAUUGAAACCAAUCCAAGUUGAGUCGGACAAAGAAAUGAAGUUUCUCUUCUUCAAACAGGGUUCUAUCAGCGCCACCUUUUCUCUCAACAGGCGGGGGUACGUCGCUGGGGAAGUUGUACAAAUCAACGCCGCAAUCACAAAUAAUAGUUCUAGGAAAAUCAAACACACUAGGGUAGAUUUUCAUCAGCAAAUAGCGUACCAUGCCACCUGGAGCGGAUUGGCUGCUGGACGCCAGAAGACACAAUGGUCAUCGCAUCACCUAGCGUUCAUAAAGAAAGGAGAAGUGAAUGCCCAUUCAACACAGAUCUGGGAAAAUGAACUCAUACAAAUACCGGCCUUGCCACCCUCGAGACUUGGCUCGUGUGACUUCAUUGAUAUUAACUAUAUUUUAACCUUGAAAAUACGACCCGCUGGAUCUUCAACCAGUCUCCAGAUUCCUAUUGAGAUAGUAAUAGGAACUGUCCCAUUAAAGAACUUAUUCUCCCCUCCCCCGAGCAAAGAACGGGAGGAAAAGGCAGAGUCUGCCUCGAGGGCAGCCCUGGCUGAGAGACCCCUACCCCCAUACCCAGGGAACGCUCCACCACCAACGUAUGCAGAAAGUGUAUUUGGUAGCGUUCAGUUUGAAGAUUACGACGAGGAUGCAAAUAAACAACAACUCUUCCAAUAUACGCCGUAUUAUACAUACUACAUAUGUGACAAUACUUAAUCAGAUUCACAGACAGUGUGAAGUGUACAAACAUCAUACUACCUUUGUGACAAUACUUAGUCAGAUUGGAGACAAGUGUGAAGUGUCCAAGCAUCACACUAC